GUGAUUCCUACUCCUCCUCCCUUUGUAUCCCACCACCCCUCCCUCCUCUCUCUGUAUCUCUCUCCGAAUUAUACGUCUGUAAAUUGAUAAUCGAUUCGUUUGGAUACUUCAAUUGCUCGGAGUUCGUAGAGGAAGUGAUUGUCGUCAUAGAGAUUAAAUUCUGUUUCUUCUAUAAUUGAUCCGAUCUGAAGAACAAUUGCAAACGAUUUUCUGUUGAUGGCGUCGUCAACGUUGAUUCCGAAUCCGGUAACGAACAACACGGACAGAGCACGUGACUCGUCGAAAAGGAGAAAGAGGAAGAAAAUCCAAAGGCAAUCUAGUGGUAUUGGUAGGGAUCAGAACAGUCAGAACUUGAAUAACAAUAACGAUCAGAUUACGCCGUGGAAGUCGGAAGUUCAACAGCAAGUUUACAGCUCAAAACUCCUGCAAGCUCUCCGUCAGGUCCGACAAGGCUCCGGUUCCGGCACCUCUUCUACUAAAACUCCCCGGCGUGGACGCGCCGUCCGUGAGGCCGCUGACCGAGUCCUUGCGGUGACGGCGAAAGGGCGUACCCGAUGGAGCCGUGCGAUUCUCACAAAUAAACUCAAACUUAAAUUCAUGAAGAGUAACAGGAGACAGAGAGGGGUGGUUGCGACGGCGACUGGCAAUAGGCGGUUAAAGAAGCCGAGAGUGAGUAUAUUGAGGUUGAAAACAAAGAAUUUACCGGCCGUGCAAAGGAAAGCACGUGUUCUCGGACGGUUAGUUCCCGGUUGCCGAAAACAACCGUUGCCGGUUGUACUAGAAGAAGCGACUGAUUAUAUAGCAGCUCUUGAGAUGCAAGUGAAAGCCAUGGCUGCUCUCGCCGAUCUUCUCUCCGGCGGAUCCAGUUCUAGCUCCAGUGCCGGAGCCGGUAAUCUAGGUCAACUCAGUUUUAGCCGGUCACCACCAAGCUUAUGAUAUCUAUACCUCUCUCUGUCUUCCUAUUUUCCGUCUUUGUUUUCACUUUUUUUUCUACCUUCCAGUUUUACCGUCCAAGUACGUCACUGUUAAAAUACAUUCUCUUCUUUUAUUUGUUAUUUUCCUUUUUCUUUUUACCAU